UGCUGCAAAUAAGUGGAAGUACAGAAGCAGAUGUGAAGAUGGUUUUCUUUGCGACCGUGCUCCUGCUCUGUUAUUUGUGUGAAGCAGAGUUCAGUGACGUCUCUCAGCCUGUUUCUGUACAAACGCUGAAGAUUGGAGAAUCAGUGACCAUCGAAUGCUUUAUAAAGAGUAUAAUUAAUAACAGAGUGUGGUACAAACUUACAGCAGACAGAAGACUGCAGGUGAUUGCAACGUAUUCUUCUCGCUACAAUUGGAGUGUAGUUAGUGUUGAUGAACUGAAACAUCGUUACUCAGUAAACUCCAAUGGGAACAAUAAUCACCUGACCAUAUCAGCAGCGUCUUGGGAUGACGCUGGGACGUAUUUCUGUGGAGUUUUGCGGCUAACUGACAUUCAGUUUGGGUCAGGAACCUUGUUGAUGCUAAAAGGUGUGAAGCUGAACCAGUCUGAUGUCCAGCCGCCAGUCGGGUCAGAGGACGCCGUGCCUUUCAGCUGUACUUUCCACGCCGCUCAGUGCACAGCAGAGGACACUGGGGUCAUGUGGCUGAAAACCUCUCAGCGUUCCGCUCCAGAAGUUAUUCACGUGUCUGGGAAAACAGACGACUCCUGUAGGAGGACCGAGCGCGGAGAAAUGACCUGCGAGCACAAGCUCUUCAUCAGAGACGUCGACUCUGACGGAGGUGGAACCUACUACUGCGCCGCCACCGUGUGUGGACAGACACAUUUUGGAAAUGUGACCAUGGUUUUUAACAGUUCACUGAAUCCAACUGUUGUUGUUCUGGUGACGUCAAACAUCAUUUUUGGGAUCAUGACUCUCCUCCUUUUCUGGAUGCUUUGUAAAUCCCAGAGGAAAGCGUCUGCUCGGGCCCCGAAAAGAUCUUUUGUUGAUCAGACUGCAGAAUCCGUCAUCUAUUCGAGUUUGUCUUCGCCCCACCGAAGCGUCGAUUGCCAAUCGUCCACGGUGACGUACAGCACUGUGGACAGUGUGGUUUAUUCUGACACUAGAAGCUGAAGAACAGAACCAUCUUGG